UUGGAGUGGUCUUGUAUGAGCUUGCGACAGGAAGCGCACCGUUCACUAUUCCUUCAGCGACUACGACGAAAGACGAAGUUCUACCUUCAGGCGAUGGACGUCAUCACAAGGAAACGAAGCGCAGAAACAUAGGUGAUUUCAGCUUGAGCUUCGGUGCAAUGGAGAAUCUUGUGGCCGCAUUACAGUGUGACGAAGACGAUCGAAUUCAUGACUUAGUGUUACAGUUACAAUUAUUCAUACAAGCGGUGGGUGCUUCUUGUGUUUCACGAUAAUGAUUCAGCUAACCAGCCAUAUGCAGCUCCUCGUCGAAAAUGCUCAUGAGCGUCUAUCAGGGCAAGAUGUGAAGGAUCAUCCAUUUUUUGAGUCCAUUUCGAAUUCAUGGAACGAAGUCGCUGCGCUGGAGCACCCUCCACUUCCUGGGCCCCCGACAACGUCUUUAGAUCCCGAUAUCUCGCUGGGAAUAGCUUUGUCCCCCAGGAUUUGUAGUUCCACUUACGAUGAUAGAUCUUUGGUUGCAAGUCUUUCCCAGUCAACAGGAAAUGAAGGGAGAAGCCUUCACGAAUGUAAUCAACUGAAUUCGCCCUCAAGUCUCAACAUCACUUGGUCUGUACCCAGUGAAGGUCUCCUUGUGGACGAUCCCAUAGAUAGUUCCCUCGUUGCCCCAGAUCGUUCUUCCAACGACGAAAACACUGACAUAGCGCACAAUUUACGCGAAACGGUAUCAACUUCUGUCAAUACACUCGAUGAAGAAUCGUUUCUGUUCAUUCAUUCGGACGAAGAAGCAAAUCAAGGGGGAGAGGAAGAGGAGGCGACAGAAGACGGCAUGAGUAACCAAAUCAGUCCAUUACAAUCGUUCCCGUCAACGGCGUCGCUUCAUUUUGUGUUCCCAGCACCAGGGCAGGUCAAUCAAGAUCUAGGGCUUGAUUCCGUCGAACACGAAUCUCAACCCGUAAUGAAUGCGAAUUCCGAAGCUGAGAUGGGUGUCGACGAUGACGAGGAAAACGCCGAUGAUGUAGAAGUAUGGAAUCCAUGGAAUCCAAGGCCAUUCGAUGGACUUUUAGACCCAACUGAUUCCCUCCCGUCUGUACUCCCGAAUCCCUACUCGCCUCGGCCGACCCUUGUCUACGGUCCAGAAUCCGCCCAUGAAUUUCAGUCUCUACAUGGCGUAGCUUCGCUCGAUUCUCAAUCUAAAACAGAUUACCAUGUGACUUCCGCAGAAUCAGCGAAACCCUCCGUCACUGGAGACACUAGGAGGGAGACUGGAGAUGAAAGUAUUCCCACCGGCGAUACAUCUACUCCUGGUAGAAAUAUGGACAACCACGGCACAGAGAAUUCGAGACUCAAAUCCAACACUAUCGAUAUUACUUCUGUCUCGUCUCUUGCGGUAAAGGAAGUUAGAGAGGGUGAAGAUAUUCUGUUCUUUAGCGCAAAUAUACAACCCCGACGAAAAUCAAUAUCAAUCCCUUUGGACAAGAAGACGAGAGGAAAACGUUCUUUCUCUCGAUUUUCUCUAUCUGUCCGACUACCGAAUCACAAAUUCACCGAACAUUCGAGUGUCAAUACUACUAUAAACUCCCCUCGUUCAGUCGUCGAGGGAGGAAAUCCGUUCGAAUGCCCUCUAAUCGACACUAGGAGCAAUGCACGCAAGAAGCGCUUCUCCUUUCCUGCCUCGUUUUCUGGUUCUGAAUCCAAGGGGGAGAAGGGGCAGAAGGAGGAGACAAAGCGGCAGGAACAGUGCAGUAUCAGCGCUACUAAUAACUCAAGAAGACGAUUUUCUGCCCCACUCUCUUUCCCAUCUCGAGGUCCUCCCAGCUCCUUCGACGCAACCAAAGUUAAACUCAGGCAAAAAUCACACAUCCUAUCAGGCAUGAGCUCAAGAUCACAAAAUGUUCCAACAAAUGAAAAGCCAGCAUCAAAUCCGGCUUUAUCUCCUGCCCAGUUUCCUAGGGCCACUGGCGGUGGUGGUGGCGGCAUCAGUGUUCUACCUUUUCCCGCGCACGAAUUGGAUCGUAUGCGAAUUGAGUAUCAGAACCGUCGAGCUACGGAUCCAAUUCCUAUGCCCUGCACGCCACGAAUUCGGAGUGUCAAUGGAUAUGCACACACAGCGACACUCGGUCGCUCAACGGGGACGAGAAUGAUGGCUCAAGCACAGGCUUUGGCUUUGCAGCGCGGACAUCACAGCGAGCAAGGUGCUCGUCGUGCUCCAAGUGUAGCUUCCCGAGCUAAGCACGGCCACACCCACAGUCAAAGCAGUCACAACAGUACAGGAACUGGGAACUUGAGUCCCUUUUUGCAGAACGAGCUGACGAUGGCAGUUUUGGGUGCGAUGGAAAGUAAGGGUAGUGAGAGUCGGGACUUCACGACAAUGAACACGAUCAGGAGUGGAACAUGUAGGUCGAAAGCACGAACGGGGAUUAGUGCUUCAGUCCGUGCUCAGUCUUUGCGUCAAGGACAGGAAGCUGUUUCCACAGAAUGGCGUCUCGAACAGAAUCGUGAACCAGCCACGUCGGGACUCGCCGCAAUUCCAGCGACGUUGCCCCGAAAGGAGCGAGCAUCUUGGGCUGGUAUGGUCCGCACCAUUUCACGUAAUCACGAUAGACAGCUCGAGCAAAGCACAAAGGCGAAGCCGAUACACUCCACUCCGAGACUUGCAAGUGUGCGUAAAGGAAAGCUGGGAGAAGCUGGAAAUCUGGAGGAAUUGGGAAGUGGUGUUUGCUCUGCCGGAGAGGGGAAAGUUGGAUCAGCGUUCGAGGAUCCUUGCCAUCGUCUCUCAAUCUCACACAACCAGCCUGACAGUGAGCACUCUCAUCAUGGCAGCCAAAUACCGUAUAAACGAGCUGAGAGCAAUAGAAUGGAGAAGUCCAGGGUCGAUGACGCUACCAGACAACGUUCAUUGGGCAGUCGUCUGUGGAAAAAAUUGAAGCAGAUUGUAUUUCUUUGAAUCAAGGACUAAUCUCCAUCUUCAUUUCCGUUCUUCUUCAUUCACGUAUUAAAGAAGCGUAUGUUAACAGUAUUCUGUGUCGGUCAAGAAAUUGUGUAGCAUUGUAUAGCAACGAGUAUGAUUUAUCUACUAUACCUAAAUCCUGAAUACAUUCCUCCUGUCUUCGUAGACUAUGGAUCGCCUAUGAUGCAGAAAAUAGAUCAGUAAAAUUCUCUAAGGACAGCGCAAAUCCAAGAAAAACAGAAGGUCAGUAUUGCAGAAAGGUCAUCAACUGGAUAAAACCAUAUGACUGUUGAGCUUGAUAUGUGAUUUUUUAUUCAUCAGAGGAAAGAGAAAAUAAAAAGAAUAAGCAAGGAGUAGAAAUACACACCGAAUACGUGAACUUGCUGGAAGUGCAAAGUUUUGCAGAUCAAUGUUGACGUUGAAGGUU